AUGCCACCGCCUACCGAGCAAACCGGAGCCCGACUAAAUGCUCCUCCAAAUGGAGUGGAAGCCAUUGUGGCCCCCUUGCCUCCAGAGCCGUCGCCCGAAGACAGUGCCGCGCAGUCCACGGACAUCGAGCUUACAGCGAACCGGAAUACCCACACAGCACGCCGACCGACGGGUUCCCAACAAAGCCGCAACCCGCCAAUCGAGCAACCCGGCGCCCGAAUAAAUGCUCCUCCAAGUGGAGUCGAAGCCAUCGUGGCCCCCUUUCCCUUACUGCCGCCGCCCAAAGAAAGUGCCGCUCAAUCUCAGGAAUUAGAGUUUGCCGCACUCCGGAGCGCCCGCACCCUACGUAGGCCAACGAGUUUACAGCUUACCCCGGAGCCGCCGUCCGGCGAGAUCGCCAACGUACCGCCGCCCGCUCCACUAGAAACCGGUUCCAUCCGAUAUGCCGUUGCCGCCGAGUCCUAUGGGAAACUACCGCCGCCGCUUGCAGAACGAGAAGAACUGAACUCACCCCCCGUGGACACCGUUUUGGGCCGAUUGUUCGCUGAACACCCAUCCGGAAAGAUGCAACUAAUGCCGUCAAUCGCAACUACAAACCCUAUACAAUAUGACCAUCGCGGGAGCCAGUCAAUGCCCGCCGAAGCUAAGUAUACCUGA